GACUCAGCUACGAUCCGAAGGAAAUAAAAUGUUUCACCCGAACGUGAAACGCUACUUCGAGGCCAUCAAGCUGUAAAAUGAGAGCAUCGCCUUUUCCGAAAAAGGAUCGACAGAAAAGGCAUUGGCCCAUGCAAAUCGCUCAACCAUUUGUCUGAAGAUGCAACGCUUUGAGGACUGUUUGGAGAACAUUCGGCUUGCUCGUGAUUCGAACUAUCCAGAGCAUUUGACAGAAAAGUUGAAUCAACGCGAAAAAGAGGCCAAAAAUGCUUUGGCAAAGGCUCGGAACAAGAAUGCUUCAUCGAUCAAGGUUACUCCGGAUGUGGUGGAAGAGCCCGAGCUAAGCUAUCCGUCCAAAGAGAAUGCGCCGCAAGUUGCCAACUGUCUGGAACUGCGCAAAAACGAAGAAUAUGGACGACAUGUGGUGACCACUCGUAAGCUGAAGGUGGGCGAUGUCGUGAUGAUUGAAAGGCCGUUCGUUACCGUGCUGAAGGAUUCCUUCCGAUAUGUUCGAUGUGAUUUUUGCCAUGGCGAACGACCAUUCACAUUGAUUCCGUGCGAAGGAUGUACCGCGGCCAUGUACUGUUCGGAGGAAUGUCUGAGUAAAGCGUACAACAACUAUCAUCGAUAUGAUUGCGGGCUUUUACGAGACUUGUAUGAAGAUUUCGAAGAAGUUUCCUUGAUUGAUAUUCGCAUUAUAGCCAUUGCGAUCACAACCUUCGAUAAUAAUCCAGAGGCAUUGAAGGAUCAUCUCGAUGCACUGGAUGAAUCCAAUGUUAACGGGUUUACGAUGGAUUGGAAUAAAGCAACGCAACAAGACAUUUUCAACACGGUGCACGUGUUAACCACUAAUCAAGAACGGCGACACAGCAUGUUUGUUGCAAUGUUCAUCUUCAAUGCUACCAUCCUACAUACCCUUAUUCUGGAAAGAACAGAGCUGGGACCGGUGUGCGAAGCAAACCCUGCAACAAACAAGUUUUUACUAGAUUUGAUCCUGCGAUGUAUGCAAAUCGUGAAUUGUAACAGAAAAUUGUUGUCCUUUAAUGCGUACAAGGUGAAGGAAUACGUGGCUGAAUCAUUUGCAGUGGGUUGCUACCCAUUGAUUAGCAUGCUGAAUCAUUCCUGUGCUCCCAACGUGAAACGCAUCACUUUGCGCGAUGGGCGGUGUGCCGUUUUUGUCAUCCGUCCAGUUCUUGAAGGAAGUCAACUGUUCGAUAGCUAUGAAGCGGGUCAUACAUUGCAUGAACGAGAAAUGAGGCAAUCAAUGUUGUCAUUCAUGUACAGCUUCCAAUGCACAUGUGAAGCAUGUACGUUCAAUUAUCCUACUUGGAAAGUUCUUGUGGAAGGUAGUGAUGUAACCAAUUCUGAAGACAUGGCAAAACAUUUGUACUACAAUCGGAUGCUCAGUUCUCAUGAGGAUAAGAAAGUGCGCAAAAUUAUGGCAGAACUGCGGUCUUUUCUGAAUGAAACACCACAAUUGUAUCCUGAGAGUGAAGUCUGCUUUAGACAGGUAGAGUUUGUACGGUCUCUUCAAGUACUGUACAACCAAACAUCUGAAAAUGCGGAGUAUUGGAAACACUGCAAACCGUAGCUAAUAUUCCCAGAAAAAUGUGUGAGGUUCUGAGUACAACUGAGUUAAUUUCCUUACGUAUAUGGUUAGCGCGGGUUUUUACACAUUUGAUGUUCGUUCAAUAUGCCCAUGAAUUCGAUAUGCUGAUAAUAAACUGAUAUUUUCUUUUUGAUAAAUAACAACAUAACAUUUA